GCGACAACUUUUCGCUUUUCUAUUGAGCAUUUGUUGUCGAAUAUAUAAAAUAUAUAUUAAUAAAUAUAUUUAAACUUGAUUGAUCAAUUCGAUAUAUUGAUAUCUAAUUAUUAUUGAUUUAUUUAUUGUUUAAUUGUUGAUAAAUAUAUUUAUUAAUUUAUAAAUAUAAAUACUUAAGUAAAUAAGUUGACUUAUAAGUACAGUAGAAGCAACCAUGCAAUCUAUUACCGAUCCCGUUACGAAAGCAGUAGUUGAUAAUAUUAUGGGCAAUUUGCCGACUAAGAAACCAUUAGUGAGAUGUCAUGAUUGCGAUUUAUGUUUCACUAGCGAAACUGUCUUGGAUGCUCAUUUACAAGGAGCUAGACAUGCUAAACAGAUACGGUCGAAAGUGAUAAUGGAAAAUUUGGGAGGAACUAAAAUCGGACUUUCAAAAGAUCAAGAAGCCAGUGGAUUAAAGUGUAAUGUAUGUAAUGUUAGUCUCAAUUCAAUACAGCAGCUUCAAACUCAUCUUAAUGGAAACAGGCAUAAAAAGAAAGCAGAGAAAGGUGGAUGGACCGGAAACGAGACGGUAAAAGCUGUUCAGCAACAACCAAAAACUCCAGCUCCAGCAGAUUCUACAACUCCAGCUGCUACCAAAAAGAAGGGGGAAAUACUUACAUGCGAGCAAUGUAAUAAAUUUUUUAAUUCCAAACAGCAAUAUGAUGUGCAUAUUACGUCGAAGAAGCACUUGCAUAAAGUGUACAAACCUAUUUUGAAAACCACCAACAAGAAAAAACGUUACGUACCGUAUGGAAAGCAGCAGCAACAACAAUAUCAACAACCGCAACAUCAGCAGCAGCAACAUCAUCAUCAGCAACAUCAACAGCAUCAGCAACAUCAGUACCAACCACAAAGAAGUAUGCAACCAUACGAUACAACGUCCUAUGUCAUACCGUCACUCGCCAAUAAUUUUAUUUCUGGUGGUUACACCAGUAAUUAUUAG